CCUCUCUUUCUCUCUCCAAAACCAGAGUGGUUCUGCAUAACUCAUAAACAAAUCAAAGAAACCUGUUUUUUUCCUCCAUUCUUGUGAGUCUUUUUUGUGUUUCUUGAGGACCCUUUUGAGUAUUUGUUUGUUUUGUGUCAAUCCCUUUUGUGUUUCUUGAGGACCCUUUUGAGUAUUUAUUAGUUUGUGUGUGAAUUCAAAGGGGAAAAAGAGAACUAGAAAGAUGGUUGUGAAAAUGAUGAAGUGGAGGCCAUGGCCUGAAUUAUCUUCCAAGAAAUUUGAGGCCAAAAUCACUGUUAAUUGUGUUAAAGGUCUAAACUUUUCUCAAGAUUUUCAAAGAUUGGUUGUUGAAAUCAAGUGGAAAGGUUCAAAGGGUAAUCCUUUAACUUUGAGUUCUCUCAAGAGGAAAAGUGUUAAGAAGAAUUUCACUAAGGAAGAGUCUUUGAAGGAUGAUGGAGUUGUUUAUUGGAAUGAGGAGUUUCAGAGUCUUUGCAACUUUUCUAUAUCCAAAGAGAUUGCAUUUCAUCCAUGGGAGGUUUCUUUCACUGUGUUCAAUGUUACGAAUAAACGAUCGAACCAUAAAGUGCCCAUAGUUGCUGCUGCAUCAUUGAACAUUGCGGACUUUGCUUCAGAAGCUAGGGAGAAAGAAGAAAUUGAAAUAGUCAUUCCCUUGGAAGCCUAUACUGGCGGCAUUAAGAACCUUUCACUUUGUUUGUCUCUCAACCUUGUUGAAUUGGGUGAUGCUCAUGAAGCCUCAGAAGCAAUGCCAAAGUUUGUCAUGUCUGCUCCAGUAUCUCCUUCCCCUGCAGAGGUUGUGUCGACAGGCAGAAAUGAGCUGUCUGCUUUGAAAGCAGGUCUGCAUAAAGUUAAACUUUUCAAGGGAUUAUCUACUAUGCGACGAAAGAAGGCAUGUCAUGAAGAGGAGGGCAGUGAUGGAAGGAACUCGGUGAGAAGUGAUGAUACUGACAUGGUAUAUCCAGUUGACACAGAUUCACUCGGUGAUUCGGAGGAAGGUGAAUCAGAUGAAGUGAAGGAGGAUGUGAGUAUGCGGAAGUCACUCAGUUAUGAAACACUUGCCUAUGCGAAGCAUGCUGGUGGAUCAUGCUACGCAAACACGAGUGGCAGUGAAGAUGAGGAUUUGAUCUAUUAUAGCCAUCACAAGUCUGUUGCAGGGCGUGUGUAUCCCGAGGGUGCAACUGGAGAAGGUCAUAAUCAAUAUUCACAGCAGAGUUCAAAACGCAAAAUUCUCCCUUGGAGGAAGAGAAAGUUAAGCUUCAGAUCUCCCAAACCCAAAGGGGAGCCGUUGUUAAAGAAGCAUUAUGGAGAGGAAGGUGGGGAUGAUAUAGAUUUUGAUCGCCGACAGCUUAGUUCAUCCGAUGAGUCUUCUUCAGGGUGGAGUAAAUCUGAGGAAGGUUCAACUGUGAAUCGAUUUCUAGUCUCUGAGUUUGGAGAUGACAGUUUUGCUGUUGGUAGUUGGGAGCAGAAAGAGAUAGUAAGCCGUGAUGGGCAGAUGAAGCUGCAGACUGAGGUCUUCUUUGCUUCGAUUGAUCAACGAAAUGAGCGAGCUGCAGGUGAAAGUGCUUGUACAGCCUUGGUUGCUGUGAUUGCUGAUUGGUUCCAUUCCAACCCUGAAGAAAUGCCCAUCAAGUCCCAACUCGACAGUCUUAUACGUGAAGGUUCACUAGAGUGGAGGAAUCUCUGUGAAAACGAGACGUACAGGGAGCGUUUCUCAGAUAAGCAUUUUGACCUCGAAACAGUGGUCCAGGCUAAAGUGCGCCCACUCUCAGUAGUCCCAGAGAAAUCAUUCAUUGGUUUUUUUCAUCCGGAAGGAAUCGAAGAUGAGGGAUUCGAUUUUCUCAAAGAUGCCAUGUCCUUUGACAACAUCUGGGAUGAGAUUUCUAAAUCUAUUCAAGACAGUCCCAGUCUUGGCGAGUCCUUUGUCUACAUUGUGAGUUGGAAUGACCACUUCUUCAUCCUCAAGGUUGAACGAGAUGCAUACUAUAUCAUCGACACACUUGGUGAGAGACUCUAUGAAGGCUGCAACCAGGCUUUCAUCCUCAAAUUCGACAAAGAUACGACAAUUUUGCAGCUACCUAACAUGAGUCAACAAUCAGAUGAUAAACCAGCUAGCAUUAAAAAGGAGCAAACUGAUAGAAAACAGGCCACUAACGAAGGGAAAAUUGUCACAAAUAACACCAACGAAAAGAUGGAUGAAUCAACUGUUGCCUGCAGAGAUAAAGUACCUGAAAACGAGGAAGAAUCGAGGCUUGUUUGUAAAGGCAAAGAGGCCUGCAAAGAGUAUAUUAAGAGUUUUUUGGCAGCAAUCCCCAUUAGGGAAUUACAAGUUGAUGUGAAGAAAGGAUUGAUGGCAUCUACACCACUUCAUCAGAGGCUGCAAAUUGAGUUCCACUAUACAAAGAGCUUUAAUAACACUCAGUUGGAAUCGGAAUCACCCUUGGAAGAACUGACUAAUAACAGCUUGGCGUUACCAUCUUCAGCAGCAGUAGCAGAGUAAGCGCUGGUUAGUAAAUCCGAGUAUACAUACUUAACAUCACUAAUCCUUCUUUUUGUGUUUCUACAUCUAAUUUAGGAAUGAAGGGCAGGCAGGCAUGCCUUAUAUCCUUUCUUUCAUAUAUGAUUGCAAGUUGCAACUGGCUUAGUGGCUCUUGUUAAUGUUUUCUUCCUUCCUUAUAAUAGGGAUGUAACAAUGUAAAUGAGAGGACAUAAAAUAAACAAGUAUAUGAUUUCUAUAUUGCUCUCAACUUUUCAUUUGUUUCUAGAA